AUGUUUCUGAUAUCCAGACAAACGCGAAUCUCGCCAAGAUACCUUUUACGUUGUCGAAAACGAUUUUCUCAAGCAAUGCUAGUCUCAAAACCACCUAUGCAUAUCAAAGCAACUGCGGACAUGGUGAUGAGAAGACAAGCAAAUCGAAGAAGUAGGAAACCAUAUUGGGAUCAUAUAGAAAGGCGACCGUUACGAGAUUUUGAAGCUGACGAAAGUCAAGUGGCCUUGUUACCUUCUUUUGGAAAAGAAGACGUGGAUAAACACAAAUUUCAAGUCCCAUAUCCAAAAGAAAUUGUGGAUUAUUUGGACAAGUACGUCAUCGGUCAAGAGUUAGCAAAGCGAACAUUAGCUGUCGGCGUUUAUCAACAUUACAAACGUUUAGAAAACAACACCGAGAUAAAAAAUCAGGAGUUCAUUAAAAAUGUGAUUGAAUCUUCAAUUAACUCUGACAAAAAGAAAUCUUCUACUGAUGGAGAGGAAUAUGACGAAUAUUACAGUUCGGAAACACCUCCUCCUCCAAAACGGAAAACAACCUAUGAACGGUUGAAAGAAGAGGUGCCUCUUACCAUGGAAAAAUCUAAUAUACUACUACUCGGGCCUUCUGGAAGCGGAAAAACUUACCUAACACAAUGUCUUGCACGACUUCUGGACGUCCCCAUAGCAAUGUGUGAUUGCACUACAUUAACACAGGCCGGAUACGUAGGUGAAGAUGUGGAAGCAGUAAUCCAGAAGCUACUCCUGAAUGCACAUGGAAACGUUGAGCGAACGCAACAUGGAAUCGUAUUUCUGGAUGAGUUCGAUAAAAUACGAUCAUCCAGCGAUCCAAUACAUUCGGUGGGGAAUCGUGAUGUGAGCGGUAGAGGUGUACAACAAGCGUUACUGAAGCUGGUCGAGGGAACAGUUGCAAAGGUGAAACUUCCUGGACAUAUGGGAAAUAAGGUUGAUGUGGACACCACAAACAUUCUUUUUGUCGCGUCCGGUGCAUUCUCGAACGUGGAACAGAUUGUAGCUCGACGAAUUGAUAAACGAGUGCUUGGAUUUGGAGCAAACUAUGCAAGUGUGGCUGAGGAUCUCUCCUCGGGUGAUGCGACAGUUGCUGGUCAAAAGCGAAGUGAACUGCUACAGUUAAUGGAUCAGUCAGAUCUAAUGAAAUACGGUAUGAUCCCGGAGCUAGUAGGAAGAUUCCCGAUUCUCGUACCAUUUCAUUCGCUAGACGAAGAAAUGUUGACUCGAGUUCUACAAGAACCUGGGAAUAAUUUGAUCUCUCAAGCACAACAGCUUUUUGCCAUGGAUCACAUACAAUUAAGAUUCACCCAUGGAGCUGUACACGAAAUGGCACGACAAGCUGUUCAACGAAAAACCGGUGCUCGAGCAUUAAGGUCAAUUAUGGAAAAAGUUCUUCUACAAGCAAAAUAUGAAUGUCCAGGAACAGCUGUUCAAACUGUUGUGAUUACUGGUGCGGUUGUACGGGGUGAAUCCACCUACGUUACGCUAUCAGGGCCGACAAAAAAAGAUGAAUGUGAUACAAAUACAGUGGAGCCGAAAUGA